GCGUGUACGGAGUCCACGGACACCAAACCACCCGUGGAACAACAGUACAAACACACUUUGGUGCACUCCGAAGCUUUUCUGUGAAGCAGGGCGGCCCCAGAGGACAUGCGUGGGUAGCUGGAGUGUUUCUCGCUGUGUUUUGUGGACAUGUGUCGCUGGGACAACUACUAACGGGCGGCUGUGCACACUGAAGCCGGGAUGAGUGGCAGCUCCGCGGUGUCCGGAGCGGCGCCGUGCCGCUUCGCUCACUACUUUGUCAUCUGUGGGAUAGACACAGAAACUGGACUGGAACCGGAUGAAUUAGCAGCUUUGUACCAAUGGCUAGAAGCAGACCGCCAAGGCAGGGAUCCAGAUGCUGCAGCCACAGGUGAAAACUUUGAGCAGAGCCCCCUGAGGAGGACGUUCAAGUCCAAAGUACUGGCCCACUACCCGGAGAACGUGGAGUGGAACCCCUUCGACCAGGAUGCGGUCAACAUGCUGUGUAUGCCUAAAGGCCUGUCGUUCCGGACGCAGGCGGACCCACGUGAGCCACAGUUCCACUCAUUCAUCAUCACAAAGGAGGAUGGCUCUCGAACCUACGGCUUCGUCCACACCUUCUACGAAGAGGUGACCAGUGCGCAGAUCUGCUCGGCCAUGCAGACCCUCUACCAGAUGCACAACGCAGAGCAUGGCUCGGCAAACGCCCCUUCCUCCUCUUCUUCCUCCUCCUCCAGCAUGGACUCUUUAGCGAGUAGUUUGGACGAGGCAGACUCUCCCGCCUCUUCAUCUCGAGGAGCAGGAGGUUACGACUCAUCCCGGGACACCCUCUACGUGUCCAAGGCCUUGUGUCUGAUCACACCCAUGCCCUUCAUGCAUGCCUGCCGCCGCUUCCUCUCGCAGCUGCACAGGGCUGUCACCGGUACCACCGCCCCCCCGCUGCCCCUGGAGAGCUACGUUCACAACAUCCUGUAUGAGGUGCCACUCCCUGCUCCGGGGCGCUCGCUCAAAUUUCAUGGCGUGUACGAGCCCAUCGUGUGCCAGAGGCCUGGGCUGGGGGAGCUGCCGCUGGCUGACUUUCCCCUCGGAGAGGCCUUUAAUCUUCUUGGAGUGGAAAACCUGGUUCAGGUGUUCACCUGCACCCUGCUGGAGAUGCAGAUCCUACUUUACUCACAGGACUACCAGCGGUUGAUGACGGUGGCCGAGGGCAUCACCACUCUGCUGUUUCCCUUCCAGUGGCAGCACGUCUACGUUCCCAUCCUUCCUGCCUCCCUCCUCCACUUCCUGGAUGCUCCUGUCCCAUACCUGAUGGGUCUGCAAUCCAAGGAGGGCACUGACCGCUCCAAGCUGGAGCUCCCACAGGAGGCCAACCUGUGUUUUGUGGACAUCGACAACCAUUACAUCGAGCUUCCAGAGGACUUCCCCCAGUUCCCCAACAAGACCGAGUUCAUCCAGGAGCUCAGCGAGGUGCUGCUUAGCUUUGGCCUUUCUGCCAACACAGGGGCCCCACCGCGGACUCGUUCCAGUCCCGGCAGCACCCCCUCCACCCCUGGUAGGGAGCGUAAAGCCGUUGCACUCCGGGAACUGGAAGAUGAUGGACGGAACGGCAACCUGGCAGGGGAGGAGCUCGCCGUCCUGGAGCUGCUGCAGGGAAAUGCCACUCUGGAGAGACUACAGGCACUGACCAAACGCACCGGGGUGACAGUGGCACGGGUGGAAGCCUUAAGGGCAGGGGUCAAAUGUCAGGGGACUGAAGGGCAAGGGGGACGCACAGCAGCUGAGGAGGACGAGCUUAAGAACGCCAAGCUGAACGUCCAGUUAAGGGAGGUGUUCGCAAGCCGCUUCACCACCAUGUUUGCGGACUUUGAGGCGUUUGUCAUCCAGAGUGCACCAGAUCUGGAGUCCUGGCUCACCAACAGGGAGCAGAUGCACAACUUUGACAAGGCCUCGUUCCUUUCAGACCAGCCUGAGCCCUACCUGCCUUUCCUGUCCCACUUCAUCGAGACGCAGAUGUUCGCCACCUUCAUCGACAACAAGAUCAUGUCGCAGUGGGAGGAGAAAGAGCCACUUCUGCGCGUGUUUGACGCUCGCAUCGACAAAGCCCGUCUCUACAACGUGCGCGCUCCCAACCUGCGAUCCUCCAGCUAUCAGAGGUGUUCCAUCCUCAAGGAGUCUGCUCAGACCAUCGAACAGCGACUGAUGAAGAUCGACCACACAGCCAUCCACCCUCACCUGUUGGAUAUGAAAAUCGGUCAGGGCAAAUACGAGCAGGGGUUCUUCCCCAAACUGCAGGCCGACGUGCUCAACACAGGUCCGACCAACAACAAGUGGUCUCACAGGACCGCCACAGCUCAGCGCAGAAAAGAUCGUCACAGACAACAGACAGAACAUCUAACCCUCGACAACGACCUGAAAGAGCAGGUGGAGGGCUGCCUGGUCCUGCAGAACUCCAUGGCUUUUUGGGAGUGGGACAAUGCGUCCCCUCCGCCCAUUAAACCGCCUAAAAAAUCAGCCUCUGCGUCCUGUCUGAAGUACAUGCAAGAGGCACGAAGCCUGGGGAAGAGCCUGCGCCAGCCCAAACUGUCUGAUUUAUCCCCCGCCGUCAUUGCCCAAACCAACUGGAAGUUUGUGGAGGGGCUGCUCAAAGAGUGUCGCAUGAAGACCAAGCGUAUGCUAGUGGCGAAGAUGGGUCGCGAGGCAGUGGAGCUAGGCCACAGCGAGGCCAACAUCACCGGCCUGGAGGAGAACACCCUGAUCGCCAGCCUGUGUGACCUCCUGGAGAGGAUCUGGAGCCACGGGCUGCAAGUCAAACAGGGGAAGUCCGCUCUGUGGUCACACCUGCUGCAUUACCAGGCCCGAGAGGAGCGACUGGAGCAGCAACAAGCCGAGUCACCAGUACCACACGUCCCUGAGAGAAGAAAGUCUGAAUCGUGCAUAGCGCUGCCGACUCUGCGUGUGUCUUGCAUACAGGAUAUGAGACACAUCCAGAUGAUGUCUGAGAUUAAGACAGAUGUGGGACGAGCCAGAGCCUGGAUCCGUCUGUCCCUGGAGAAGAAGCUGCUCUCUCAGCACCUCAAGCAGCUGCUGUCGCGACAAGUCUUAACCAAGAAACUGUACAAGCGUUACGCCUUCCUGCGUUGCGAGGAGGAGAAGGAGCAGUUCCUCUUCCACCUCCUGUCUCUAAACGCUGUCGACUACUUCUGCUUCACCAGCGUCUUCACCACCAUCAUGAUCCCGUACAGGGUCGUCAUCAUCCCUAUCAAGAAGUUGAGCAAUGCCAUGACCACGUCCAACCCCUGGGUAUGUGUGUCGGGCGAGCUGGGAGACUCUGGCAUCAUGCAAAUACCCAAGAACGUCCUGGAGAUGACCUUUGAUUCUGCUUUCAGGCCUCACACGCACAUCUCCGCCAUUUUCAAGUGUCAGAACCUCGGUAAACUGACCACCGUCCAGUUGGGUCACGAUAACGCUGGUCUCCUGGCCAAAUGGCUGGUGGACUGUGUCAUGGUGCGCAAUGAGAUCACAGGACACACCUACAGGUUCCCAUGUGGCCGGUGGUUGGGUAAGGGUGUGGACGAUGGCAGCCUGGAGAGGGUCCUGAUUGGUGAGCUGGUGUUACCAAGUACAGAGGAGGAUUCUGGGAGGGGCUGUCGUACACCCCCACUGCAGCGCUCCCCAUCCCAGAUUAGACGCAUCAGUAUCACAUCGCUGUCUGGACGAGGAAACAAGCCAACUUCGGCACAAAUCCAAGAGGCCAUCGGGGAGGUGGUGAACACCAUCGUCAAACACUUCCACAAACCAGAGAAAGAGAGAGGCAGCCUGACUGUCCUGCUGUGUGGAGAGAACAGCUUGGUCACAGCACUCGAACAGUUCUUCCACCACGGCUUCAGAUCUGCACGGCUCUUCCAGAAGACUGUGUUCGUGUGGGACUUUGUGGAGAAGGCCGUCGCCUACAUGGAGACAGCUGACCAGAUGGGAGACCUUCAGGAGACCACAGAGCCCCUGGGGAUGACCUGUCAAUCACUCUGUCGUUAUGUCAACGCAAUCAACUCCACCUCCAGGAGCAUCGGAAAGGAUGGGAAGUUCCAGCUCCUGGUUUGUCUCGGAGCCAGAGACCGUCUGCUGCCCCAGUGGCUCCCACUGCUGGUGGAGUGUCCAGUGAUCCAGCAGAUGUACGAGGACACCGCCCUACUCAGAGACCGCACCACUGUCAACGCCCUCAUUGGAGUCCUGGAGACACUGCACGACUUCCCCAUCACACUGGAAGCCUCGCUGGUCAAAGGCAUCGACCUGUAACCCCAGAACGGACACAAGGCUGCCGCCGUGCUCUACGUUUACCUCCAAAUUUUCCUUCACCUCCAACCACAGUCACCCACUGCUGUGAAUAAAUGUAGAGCCAGAGAAGAGUGGGGACAGGAAAUCGAAAGGAAACAGACAUUUAGUGACCAAAGCAGCAUGUUCGCCUGCUUUAAGUGCAAAGUCAGGGCUUUGAAUUAAUCGUGGUUGCAGUAUUAUCAGCCCACCGGGGACUCUGAAAGACUGUUUCUAAUUAAAAGACCAUACCAGUGAUUUUUACAAUAUUUUUCUUCAUAAAUGACAAGUCCUCCAUAGUGUACCUUAGAGCCACACUCAGUCUGGAUUUAGAUUUAAUCAAUGUCAGGCUUUUAUUAGACACGUCCUCCUGAAACCCAGUAUGUAAAAGUUUGGGUUUUCUGCAUUAAAUACUUGCUCUGAUUGGAAACAGCAAGAUG